GCGCCGUGAGCUGCACGAUGAACAUGCGGAGCCCGCCGAGCCCGCGCCAAGACUCCGACUGGGACAUUAACGACAUUAGCGACGCUAGCGUCCCCAAGGUGGUGCGGUACAGCGAGUUCGAGGAGUGGCCGGACGGUGACUUCCAGCGCGUGUACGCGCCCGACUCGGAGGACGCCAAGAAGCACACCUCCGGCUGGGCCAUGCGCAACACCAACAACCACAACGUGAGCAUCCUGAAGAAGAGCUGCCUGGGCGUGGUGGUGUGUUCCAACUCUUGCGCGCUCGAGGACGGCAACUUCGUCCACCUUCGGCCGGCCAUCUGCGACAAGGCUAGGCGCAAGCAGCAGGGCAAGCCGUGCCCGAACGCUCGCUGCAGCGGCAAGCUGGCCAUCCUGCCGUGCCGCGGCCACCAGGGCUACCCGGUCACCCACUUCUGGAGGCACACGCCGUUCGCCACCUUCUUCCAGGCAAAGGGCGUGCACAGCCACCCGCGGCCCGAAGCCAAGUCGACGGCGGAGGCUCGCCGCUCGGUGGGUUCGGCGCGACGGCCCCGGCACGCGCCGCGCAUCCCGGCGCUGCUGGGCGGCGACCGACACCCGCCAGCCGCCUCCUGGCACGCCGACGACACGUCGUGGAACAUGUGCUCCUGCCCACCGUUCGAGUGCAUGUGCCAUUGGAGUGGCUCCAGCCCGGCUCCUGCCUACCAGGAGCCAGCACCAGCCCCUCCUCCAGUCUCCAUUGCAAACCCAGGAGACUGGAUGACCACGGCUACUGCCACCUGUUGGCAGCCUCUGGAAACAGAAGUGCGCUACAAUCUCCGCUCGGAUGUGGAGAGCUGCCCUUACGAGAAGGGCGCUCUCGUGGAGGAGCGGAGCCCGUAUUGCAGCGAGGGCGACGCGGACGGGUUAGCUGAAUACAUGUGGGACAUAACAGUGGGACAGAACGGCGAGGCCUCAUACGUGAACUACGCGGCGGACCCGAGCAUCGAGUACGGUACGACGUUCGGGACGCCGGCGCUAGGGCUACCACCUGACGGCCAGUUCCUGAACCACAUCGACAUGUCGCAGCCGGGCGACAUCUUCGCGCUGGAGCAGCCGCUUAUGAAGGCCGAGGAAGAGCUGGCGCCGCUGCUGCCGUCCGUGGCGGCGCCGCUGACGGCGACCGAGCCGGCCUGGGAGCCCCAGGCCGGCCCGCUAGGCUGCGUGUCGGGCGAGCCCCCCUACCUGAGCCACCCCGGGGGCCAGGGCGUCGGCGUGUGCCUGCGGGAGGACACGGGUGUCGGAGGAGCGUUGGCCGGCGCUCAGGAGGUCAUGUAUUAUCCGCUGGAGCAACAGCUGAUCGCCGGCUGGUGA